CCCCAGAGCCCACUUGGCCUGGUGGCAAGUAAGGGCUGGAAGCAGCGGAACCAAAGGCUGAUAGUCUUCGGUUGUAGGGCGGACGUGGGUCGGAUCUGUCCGUCCAGGCAAGUUUCCCCCUGGUCUGGGACCUCCACGUGCGGCUAAGUCAGGUUUUCCCGCACUACGGUGGUUGUCCCUAGCGGGAGUUAGAGACAGUCACAGACAUCUUCAUGUCCCAGAUUUGUUGAUCUACAAGAUGCUUCGAUACCCAUAUUUUUGUAGAAUCUCUAAAAGUUUUCUUUCAUACUCGUUGGAAUCUGGCAUAUUUAAUUUAGGAUUUGGACCAAAAAAAGUUCAUGUUACAGCAGACAGAUACAAUGAAUAUAAUGCCGGGGAGAGAACAGCUAAAACUGGAGCUCAGGAGUUACACAGAUUUCAAGAUGGAGAUUCUGAAGUUGGUACUGAAUUACAUAUACCAGUAAUGGUGGAUGAAGUUGUUCGUUGUUUGGCACCACAAAAAGGGCAGGUUUUUCUAGACAUGACAUUUGGCUCUGGAGGACACACGAGAGCUAUUCUACAGAAGGAAUCAGAUAUUACCCUGUUUGCCUUAGACAGAGAUCCAGUGGCUUACACAAUAGCUGAACAACUUUCAGAAUUAUAUCCUAAACAGAUACAUGCUCUCCUAGGGCAAUUCAGCCAGGCAGAAGCCUUGUUAAUGAAAAGUGGGGUGCAACCAGGAACUUUGGAUGGGGUUCUUUUGGAUCUUGGAUGUUCUUCCAUGCAACUUGAUAACCCCGAAAGAGGUUUUUCCCUUCGGAAGGAUGGCCCUUUGGACAUGAGGAUGGACUGUGACAGGUACCCUGACAUGCCCACUGCAGCUGAUGUUGUGAACGCUUUGGAUCAACAGGCACUUGCAUCCAUCCUGAGAACAUACGGGGAAGAGAAGCACGCCAAGAAAAUCGCUUCAGCUAUCAUUCAAGCACGCAGCUUCUACCCCAUCAGCAGAACCCAACAGCUUGCCAGCAUUGUUGCAGGUGCAUUUCCUCCCUCUGCUGUUUAUGCACGAAGAGACUUGCUACAGCGAUCCACCCAUAUUGCUACCAAGACUUUCCAAGCUUUACGUAUAUUUGUGAACAAUGAACUCAAUGAGCUCUACACGGGACUGAAGACAGCUCAGAAGUUUCUGAGACCUGGUGGCCGUCUUGUAGCCCUCUCCUUCCACUCACUUGAGGAUCGCAUUGUCAAACGUUUCUUGCUUGGAAUAAGCAUGACGGAAAGGUUUAACCUAAAUGCUAGGCAGAAAGUGAUAAAAAAAUCACAACUGGAUUCAGGUCAUGAAAACAAGGAAGAGCCCUCUAAGGGAAAAGGUCCUUUAAUGUGGGAACUGAUACACAAGAAGGUGCUUACUCCAAAUGAUCAGGAUGUACAGGAUAACCCCAGAGGGCGUUCAGCCAAGCUUAGAGCAGCUAUCAAAUUAAGGGAAUGAAAAUUUUAGUCUUCUGAGCCUUCAAGUUGACCCUUUCUAUUUCUCAUUUUUUUUUUCAUGUGAUAUUCCUAAAAAUUUUAAAUGAAAGUAUGUGGGACAUACAUACAUACUAUAUAUGUUUGGAAAUUGAGUAUUUAGCAUUUUUUUCUCAAAUAGAAAUUUCACCAAGUUCAACUCAAGGACAGCAGGAUGUCAAAACUGGAAAAAUAUGUUUACCUUACCAUUAUAUUUGACUUUUGAAAUCCAGUGCUUUCUCUAGGCAGGAAAUUAAAAUUACAUAUGUAUAUUUAUCUAAAUAUAUGAAUUCAAGCUGUCAAAAAAAGAGAGAUUAUAAUUAUAUUUGUGUGUCCUAAAUUCUGAAUUAAGAUAUUCGGAUUUACAACAGAAUUUUUGUUGCUUGGAUAAUUAAUAAUGAUCAUGGCAUGAAU